CCUUAUUUCCGGACUCUGCGUUCCACAUACAGGAAGUGAGUUUUCGUCGACUGCUGCAGCCUCGCAUUGUCCGUGGAGAUCAGGCUCUUCCACAGAUACGGAGACAGUUCCACCGGAGGGGGAGUAUAUAGAGAAACACACGCGUCUGUACAAGGAUGUGAUGAUGGAGAAUCACCGGCCCCUCACAUCACUGGAUGGGCCCAGUAACAGAGAUACCCCAGAGAGAUGUCCCCGUCCUCUGUAUUCCCAGGAUUGUACAGAGGAGAAUCACAGGAUCCCACAGGAGGAUCAGAUAGAACGUCUGUCUGAUAUUAAGGCAGAAGAUAUAGAGGAAGAAGAAGAGACGUAUGUGAAUGAUAUAAAGGCAGAAGAUACAGAGGGAGAAGAAGAGACGUAUGUGACUGAUAUAAAGGCAGAAGAUAUAGAGGGAGAAGAAGAGACGUAUGUGACUGAUAUGAAGGCAGAAGAUAUAGAGGAAGAAGCAGAGACGUAUGUGAGGGGUGAUCAGCAGUGUAAGGAGGAGGAGAUCCCUACAGAUAUCAGCACAGCAGAUGGACACACAAGCAGGAAUAUCUCAGAAGGACAUCUAAUGUUAUCCCCGGAUUGUGACAUAAAAGAUAAUGACAGUAGACAGGAUUCUCCAGGAGCUAAUCCCAUUACCCCAAUUAUACAUCCAGCUCUAUCAGCUGAUCCCCCUGAUCCUGGGAAAUGUUCUCCUGAUGACUCUGAUAUUGGUGCAUCUGUUACAGCUCUGACAGUAGAUACAGUGUUUCCGUGUUCUAUAGAUGCCAAAUGUUUUACAAAGAACACAAAGCCUAUUAACCUACACACAGGUAAGGCAGGUGGAAGGCCACUGAUAUGUUCAGAGUGUGGGAAAUGUUUUACAAAGAAAUCACAACUUGUUAUACAUCAGAGAAGUCACACAGGUGAGAAGCCAUUUCCAUGUUCUGAGUGUGCGAAAUGUUUUACAAAGAAAUCACAUCUUGUUAUACAUCAGAGAUGUCACACAGGUGAGAAGCCAUUUCCAUGUUCUGAGUGUGGGAAAUGUUUUGCACUUAAAUCACUUCUUGUUAGACAUCAGAGUAGUCACACAGGUGAGAGGCCAUUUUCUUGCUCUGAGUGCGGGAAAAGUUUUACCUGGAAAUCCAAUCUUGUUAGACAUCAGAGAGAGCACACAGGUGAGAAGCCAUUUCCAUGUUCUGAGUGUGGGAAAUGUUUUGCAUGUAAAUCAGAUCUUGUUAUACAUCACAGAAGUCACACAGGUGAGAGGCCAUUUCCAUGUUCUGAGUGUGGGAAAUGUUUUGCAUGUAAAUCAGAUCUUGUUAUACAUCACAGAAGUCACACAGGUGAGAAGCCAUUUUCUUGCUCUGAGUGUGGGAAAUGUUUUGCAUGUAAAUCAGAUCUUGUCAUACAUCACAGAAGUCACACAGGUGAGAAGCCAUUUUCUUGCUCUGAGUGCGGGAAAUGUUUUACACACAAAUCACGACUUGUUACCCAUCAGCAAAGUCACACAGGUGAGAAGGCAUUUCCAUGUUCUGAGUGUGGGAAAGGUUUUGCAGACAAAUCACAUCUUGUUAGACAUCAGAGAACUCACACAGGUGAGAAGCCAUUUUCUUGCUCUGAGUGCGGGAAAUGUUUUACACAGAAAUCAGUUCUUGUUAUACAUCACAGAAGUCACACAGGUGAGAAGGCAUUUCCAUGUUCUGAGUGUGAGAAAUGUUUUACACAGAAAUCAGAACUUAUUACACAUCAGCGAACUCACACAGGUGAGAAGCCAUUUCCAUGUUCUGAGUGUGGGAAAUGUUUUGCACACAAAUCAGCUCUUGUUAGACAUUACAGAAGUCACACAGGUGAGAAGCGAUUUCUAUACUCUGAGAAAUAAAUCAUCUCUUGUUACACACAAUAGACAUCACUCAGGUGAGGAACCAUUUUAAUCUUCUGGAGUAUACUUAUCAUUGCCAUGCAUUGUUCUUCAAGGUUCUUAUCCUAUCUCCUAUGCUUUUUGCAAUAUACAUGUUACCACCGGGUGAAAUAAUCAGAUGUCAUGCCCUCAUCUACCACUGCUAUACAGAUGACCUGUCUUUGCUCUAGGUACUGAGAACCCAGUACCAAUCCUAAAGGGUUGUCUAGCUGAGCUCCAGGUGUGGGUGAUGCCAGUUGGCUGUGAUUCAGUCCUGAUGAAGCAGGUCUUUAAGCUCACCACCAAAGGGCAGGGCUACAGUUCAGCUUUGCAAACCAACCAGACUUACGCUUGGGGGUUCAGAGUUACAAAAUGCUGAUCAUGUGUGGAAUCUUGGUGUCCUGGAUAGUGGAGUGACACUUAGACAUCAGUAUCUGCCACAAUCAGAUCCUCAUCUGAGGAACAUAGUCAGACUCCAACACUUUAUUCCCUCAGAAGAUCUACCUACAGUCAUACAUGUACUUGUAUCAUCACGCAUAGACUACUCCAAUUUCUUCUACCUGGGUCUCCUAGCAAAAGAAUUGCACCGCUUGUAGCUUGUACAGAAUGCAGCAGCCAGGCUUUUACCUAACCAGCCCGUUCCUGCCACAUAACACCCAUUCUCUGCUCCCUUCACCGGCUGCCUGUAAGAUGGUGACUCUAUUACAUAAUGGGCUAUCCCAACCCUACAUGACCAGGGUCCAUGGUACCAGAAGCAGCUUCUGCCUCGUUACUGCCCUGCUUGCUGCCAUCUGCAGAUGAAGAACUGUUACCAGCAGUACCAAGAAUCCCCAAGAAGUUCUUAGAUGUCAGAGGUGGAGACAGGGUGGUGGCACUAGUGCUGCAGCGGGGGCUGCCGGAGGCACUGUGGGUAAUAUUGUCCUCAAGCAGCACUAAGGUGUCAGAGGGGAGACAGGGCAGUGGCAGUAGUG